AUGCGCACUGAGCAGGACGCAGGCGCCGCCAGCAGCAGCGGCGAGGGCGCAGACGAUGCGGACGCAGCGACAGACACCCAGCAGCAGCAGCAGCAGCAGCAGCAGCAGCAGAGAGGUGACCCCGACAUAUUCAGUGCCCUGCUCGCCCGGAAGGCCGUGGUCGCCUCAAAGAUGUUCAGCUAUUCCAGCCGCAACGCCCUGUCAGAGGCAGUGCGCACUUUCGACACCAAGGCCUUGGCGACGGAGUCAGGCGUGCAGCCCGAUAUUCAAAAAGGCAAGUAG